UCUUUAGGUUUAUCAUAUUAAUAAAGACAGUUUGAACAUUGCUGUUUUUCAUAUAUUCACACUGUUUAUGCUGCUACACCUACACUGUGGAUAUCUCAUCAUAUUUAUAGUUGUCCUGUUUUUCUUGGAUCCUUUUAAACUUGUAUAUUUAAUAUUUGCUGUUUCUUGCUGUCUGCAGCAGGACGUGACGUCAGCUCUGCGUGCUGGUCUUGACUUGAACAUGAAUGAGUCAGUCUGUUUAUCAGUUCAUUGGUUUGGACUGAAGGGGACGUUUGGACUGAAGGGGACGUCUUUUAUUUCUAGUUUUUGACAUGAAUGUGAAACAUUCACACACUCGUGGAUCAUGUUCACAUCACACUUUAACACUGACCUGCACCGAGGUGUAGCACUCACCCCGCCCGUCAGUGAUGACCAGCAGCCAUGGUGAGACAGAGACUCCCACCAAACAUGCAAAUUGUACCUGUGACUGUGUGACUGUGUGUGAGACACCUUCACAGGUGUAUAUAUAAAGGAGCAUGCGUCCUUUGAGCAGAGGGCUUCACUCGGUGCACGACAUCUCAUCCUGACGGCCGUGUGAACAGUUACCUGACUGCAGUGAUGAAGGGAAACAUGAUGAUCCUCGCCCCCCUGUGGUUACUCCUCUGCUGGAUGUCACCUGAAGUCUCCAUGGCGAACAUUCCAUCAUUUAACAAGCCAACCCCACUGAGCAUGGAGGAAGAUUCAGUCGACGACAUGUACUUUGGCUGCACAGACGAUAUGAUGGACAUCAGUAAAACAUACCUUAAGAAAGAAAAGAAAGAUAUGAUGUGGGAUGAUGAAGUAAUAAAAGACUGCACUAAAAGGACAGUUAAACAAAAUAAGAACAAGGCUCUGACUGAAGAUCACCUGCGAGCACUCUGUAGUUAUACAGCAGCUGUCACGCACGUAGACUUCAAUAAGGCCGUCAGAGCAGAGGCCACAAACUACGGCUCCUCAUUUAAAUACCACUCUUUACAUUACCUGCUGACGUCUGCCAUACAGAUCCUGAAUCCUGAUCAUAAGAUCUGUUACACUGUUUACAGACGAACUAACUAUAUCUAUACUGGCGAGGUCAAUCAAAUCAUUCGGUUGGGUUACUUUGGCUCCACCUCUCUCACAACAACCCUGACAGGUUUUGGUGCAAACAGCUGCUUCAAAAUUCAGACCUGUUCAGGUGCUGAUGUGAAAGAGUAUGCACAAGUUCCAGAGCAGCAGGAGGUGCUCAUUCCUCCCUAUGAGCAGUUCAAGAUAACUGAGAUUCACGAUGGUGAGGGUAAAUUUGCAGAGAUGAAAGACUGUAGGAGAGUCUUUGUCUUGGAGAGUGUCGGAGGUAAGAGCUCUCUGAACUGUAAGCUUGUUACCACGGAGACUAAAAAGAAGUUUACUGUCCCUGCCUUCUUUAAAUCUCUCUGUUGUGCCUGACCUUGAACACGAUGCUCUGGUUAGUUACUGU